CCCUAAGAAAUGUGAUUAGGCAAAGUGUCAAAAGCAUGCUAGCGGUCGUAUGUUUUUGUAUUUUAUUUCCACAUUAGAAUGUGGUUGAAUAAAAUAAAACAAAUUUAUUUCUCGAAAAGAUCUCAUAAAAACCAACGACAGCGCAAAGGCUAACUGAGAUUAAAAAGUUGGAGAAAUUUCACGUAACACUAUGUUAUAAUCAAAACUAAAUGCAAGUGAUUUUCAAGGUUACGAAACAAAUGCCGAAGUCAACUGAAGCAGUGGAAGAGAGCAUUUGCAUGCGAUUAUAAUCAAGUUUUAAUAUUACUAGCGCAAUAAAAAGUACAAAAACAGAAAAAAAAAAAACAGAAAGAAGAUAGGGGUCAAGUUGCAUUUUAACCAAAUCUUGCCAUUCUCUGAGAGUUCUACUACCCGCCUCAAUAAGUCAGCAUGUCAGUGCUACGAAAUAUACAAUCUAUCCAGAAAUGUGUAAGAUUUCAAACAGUUAUCUACACUGCACCACAAAUGUGUUUGGAUGAAAGGAGGAACAUUAUCCAUAGCAAAAAAUUGCACACUGGUGUUAUGGGUUGCAGAUAUUUCACGAAGGCGCCUUCACAACUCUUAGAUCAUACUCACAGUAACUUAUACUUUAAAUUAGAAAAACAACUUUCAAGAGCUGCUCUUUACGCGACCACAAAGAGAUAUGCAAGCAAUAAAGACAAAAACCAAUUGCCCAAUAUAUCCGCAGCGCAAGGAAUCUCUUCAAGCUAUGCGCCUGAGGCUAAAGUUAGUAAAUCAUACGAGUUAAAGAAAAGCAUAAAGGAAGCUGUUUCGCCAUAUUGCCGCUUAAUGCGAUUGGAUCGGCCUAUAGGAACAUAUUUAUUAUUCUGGCCCUGUGCGUGGAGUAUUGCGCUCAGCGCGAAUGCCGGUUGUUGGCCUGAUUGGAAAAUGUUGGGCCUCUUUGCCACAGGCGCAUUAAUAAUGCGCGGUGCCGGCUGUACCAUCAAUGAUCUAUGGGACAAAGAUAUUGACGCAAAGGUGGAACGUACACGCACGCGACCAUUAGCUUCGGGUGAAGUAACGCAAUUUGAUGCUAUUGUAUUUUUAUCGGCUCAAUUGAGUUUGGGCCUGUUAGUAUUACUUCAGCUAAACUGGCAAUCAAUAGUAUUAGGCGCAAGUUCAUUGGGAUUAGUCAUAACAUAUCCGCUAAUGAAACGUGUAACGUACUGGCCUCAACUUGUGCUUGGCAUGGCUUUCAAUUGGGGCGCUCUUUUAGGUUGGUGUGCGACUCAAGGCGUAGUCAACUGGGAAGCUUGUUUACCAUUGUAUCUAUCCGGUAUUUGUUGGACAAUUGUAUAUGAUACUAUAUACGCACAUCAAGACAAAUUCGAUGACAUGCAAAUUGGGGUGAAGUCAACUGCUUUACGAUUUGGAAAUAACACCAAAAUAUGGCUAUCUGGAUUUACAGCAGCUAUGCUCUCAGGACUAUCACUUGCUGGUGUAGCUACGGAACAAACAGUCGCAUACUACGCAGCAGUGGGUGUGGUGGGCGCUCACUUAGUACAACAGAUAUAUUCGCUAAAUAUUGAUAAUCCCACAGACUGUGCGAAAAAGUUCUUCUCGAAUCACCAGGUUGGAUUAAUUUUAUUCCUUGGCAUUGUUUUGGGCACCCUUUUAAAACCGAAAGAGAAAAUGGAUAAUGGACCUUUACCUGGAGGAAACAAUGCCUUUCCACAAAUGCAACCUACAAACAGCCUUGUAAAUAUACCCGCAAAACCGGAGGUGUUAACGUAAAAGUUCGUUCAACAAUUUCUGGAGUAAACAGACCAAGCCUAUUGAUGAGUUCAACUAUAUUAGGCUUUUCGGUAAACCAAAGGAUAAUAUAUUUUAAUUUAAUUUAAUGUAAAUAGAUUUUUAAUAAAUACGGAGUAUUAACAUUGGGACUA